AUGCUCAUAUGGCGGCAACUGUGCCAUCCUAAUAUCCUGCCAUUGAUGGGUCUAUACAUCCCCAACGACUCCCCUUCGAGGCUGUGUCUCGUUUCGCCGUGGAUGGAGAACGGGAAUGUCCAUCAAUACUUGACUAAAUAUCCAUGUGCCAAUCGCGCGGAAUUGCUCAUUGACAUCGCCUCUGGGCUCAACUAUCUUCACGCCCUUCGACCAAAGAUCAUCCACGGAGACCUAAAAGGCCUGAACAUCCUUGUCACGCCAAUGCAUAGGGCCUGCCUUGCCGACUUCGGGGUGUCAAUUGUUGCAACAGAAUCUUGCUUUAAGUGGUCUGGAGUUGGAGUAUCGAGGGCUGGAACGCUGAGAUGGCUCGCCCCCGAACUCUUGGACGGGAGUUGUCCUCAUAACACACUGCAAACGGAUAUAUACGCCUUUGCUUUCGUGUGCUACGAGUUAUAUUCCGGGAACAUACCGUUCCACGACCUGAAAAGGGAUGGACAAGUGAUUGUCCUCGUCUCUCAAGGAGCCCUCGGCACGCCCAACGUCAAGGGAAAUUAUGGAUCGGUUGCUUUACCAGGGCAAACCCUCCCGCUCCUUCGCUUUGCCCUACCCGAUACGCAACCACUAUAUUGUGAAUUUGAGUUCAUGACGGUAGUCAAAAAGCGCGCUGCGCUCCUCUCAAACUAUGAAGUCCUUACUCUCCUUCGUGAGCUCGAAAUCGACCACCUGACCCGAGCGAAAACUGCACUGAAGGUAAAGAAGGAAGAAGGGGGCUCAAAUCUGAACGCAGGGGCUGGGAAGGACGUGCGAGAUGUCGAUGUUAGUGAGAACCUGAGGACUAUGGAGGUUGAGGCCAUCCAAUAUUUUGCGUCUGAUAUUCAGCCCGCACCAUAUCAGACCCCUGAGGGAAUACGGCAGCUGCUUCGCAGCCUUGCCCCCUACAAUUUAACUAAAGCAGAAAAGCUGCAAAUCGUCAAUAUCGCCCCUCAGUCAAUGCCAGUGCUUUGGGCGAUUAUAGAAGAGAUGGAAGAUCGUAUGACCGUCGAUCAGAUGCAAGAAAUCAUCCGCCUUGUUCAGAACUCGCUUACGAAGGACAUCAAGGAGCCGAAUCAGCCGAAUUUGCACUUGAUGGUGGGUGCCAUUGGGGAAGAUCAAGACGCAUAUGGCGACGACGACGGCUAUAUGGACGUGGUAGACGACGCGCAGUUUGACGAUACUGGCGAAGGCGCAGGGGUUGAAGGUGACCUAGACGUCGACGACGAUUGA